AUGGCGGAAUUCCAAAGAACUCUUCCUGCCUCGUGGUAUAGGAGUCUUCCCCUCUACAAUCUUGAGCGCCGUGCUGUGUUUCUGAAGUCAUGGUAUCUCCUUGGUCCGGUAACACGCUUCAACGGAGUUGACCCCAAGAUUCGCUAUGAAAUUGCUCAGGAACGUCUUUUUGUUCGAAGAAAAUAUGGUAUUUCAGCUCUCCCUACACCCGAAGAGUUGGAAGUGAUUCAUGAGGGCACGGGGUUGAAAUUACCCAGCCAUCUUACACCGACGGGACUACUGUUCGCCGGGAUAUCACAGGAGGCGCCAGAUUUUUAUGAGUUUUACCCCGACCUAGAGCCUCUUAUAGCAAGAGUAGACUUCACCCGGCUCCCUUACCGUCGAAGCAUCAAGGUGGACGGGUAUCAAGAAUGUUUGCAUUGCCAGUAUACUCACCCUUCGUUUUCCGUGUAUUACCCUCCCACAUUCUAUUCGGUGCAUAAUCACUUGAACUUUUCUCAACACAUCGCCGACCCGAAGAAGCCGGAUGAUGGACUUUUCCUCUAUUUCUUUCCCAAUUGCACGUUGAACGUGUACGGUGGGGGAAUGUCUUCGUUCCGCGUUUGCCCAACCGAGGAUCCAAAAGUUACUAGGAUGGAAUUCGAUUACUACCACCUCGAAUCAGGCCACAAAUUUGAAGAUUAUUUCAAAUUUGUUCGUCAAGUGGCCAUGGAAGACUAUGAGCUUUGUGAAAGAGCGCAGGAGAACUUGCAAAACGGUGUAUAUAAUGAGGGAAUCCUAAAUCCGGUUAAAGAAACCGGAGUCAUAUACUAUCAAAACCGCGUUUUCGGCCUGGUUACUGAGCAGUACAAGCUUGAGAAACAUAAGAUGGCUUCGGAAGAGGCGGUGGAAGAUGGACCCGGAGACCUGGCCCAAUCGUGCCAAAGCACUCUAUAG